ACGUCACUACUCCACCGAGACAGAGCAGCGACCUGCCGGGGUAGGAGCCGGGACUCCGGGCAGAGAAAUGAACAGAUAGCCACACCGACCGGGCUGCACGGAGAGAGGACAGCGCGGCGCGUCGUUUCAUUUACACGCGUAUAAGUAACGAAUAAUUACUAACAUGACUACUCUCACAAUGAUAGCACGAAUCCAGGACGGCAUGCUGCUCGCUGCCUCCAUGCAGGAGAGCGAACAGUCGGGUCGGAACCUGCAGGAGUAUCAGAACCAGGCCAAGCAGCUCUUCAGGAAGCUGAACGAGAACUCUCCCCCCCGCUGCUCGCUGGAGACCGGGCCAAUGGUGUUCCACCUCCUCCUCUCUCAGGGGGUGUGUUACCUGGUGCUGUGUGAUGGCUCCUACUCGAAGAGGAUGGCAUUCUCGUACCUGGAGGAGCUGCAGGCUGAGUUCAGUGAGUUGUACGGCAAGAGGCUGGCAUCUGUGUCGAGGCCGUACGCGUUCAUAGAGUUCGACACGUUCAUUCAGAAGCUGAAGAAGAACUACCAGGACUCGUGGUCUCGGCGGCACCUGAGCUCGGUGAACACAGAGCUGCAGGACGUGCAGAGGAUCAUGGUGACCAACAUUGAGGAGGUGCUGCAGAGAGGAGAGGCACUGUCAGCGCUGGACUCAAAAGCCAGUAACCUGUCUGCCCUGUCGAAGAAGUACAGGCAGGACGCCAAAUACCUGAACACUCGCUCUCUGUAUGCCAAGCUAGGAGCGGCGAGCGCGGUGUGCAUGAUCAUAUUCCUCUACGCACGCUUCUGGUGGCUGGUCUGAGCAAACAGCAGCCACAGCAGCCACAGUAGUGUCACAUCUCCAGGGCCCCUUUAGCAAUCAUCUUCCGAUUGCAGCUACACAGGCGCUGCGUGUUUGUCAGCUGUUCUGACUGCAAGUUCGUGAGCUGCUCUUUAGUUCUGGUUGUCUGCCUGACAGGCUUCAAAGUCUUGAUAUUAGUGAGCGCCCUCUAGUGCACAGCUAGAGAAUUGCCAGAAUUGGUAAUUGAUCCAGAGGUGCUUGAUGGCGCUGGCUCUUAGUUCUAUGAAGAUAACUAUAACUGAAGCACAGCUCCUGAACUUGUAUUCACAGCACCUUAAAUACAGCGUUACCCAUCGCCACGUGCUGCUGCAACUGUGUGAAAAGUUGACCUGUCAUUUGUCUCUUCGUUGUUAACAUCGUGACAACUUUUUACACUUAUCACUUUAAAGUCUGCUUCAAAGCUCUUUUCGGAAUGUCCGCUCUAGUGCUCUGAUAGUAUCAGGGCUAUUGCCCACAUUGUCAAACAGGCAACACAGAAAUCACGAUGCAUUGUGAUGUUCUUCCUAGACCUGUCUCAAACACCAGUGCACUAGAGCAGACAUUUUGAAAAGAGCUUUGAAACAGACUAAGAAGCGUAAACAGAGUAAAAAGUUGUCAAACGGUGUGCAAGUGUAAAAAGGUUAGGGUUAGGGUUAGGGUUAGGGGUAACACAGUCUUAUCAAAUGGAAAUAAAGAACCCGUAUUUGGGUGCAGUGUGGAUCCCUCUUUGCAAUAACAUAGACAGGAAGGGGACAGGGAUUCCAUCAAAAGAAUUCAACUUGAUGCUAAUUGAAGCACAGUAGCAGCACAUGCUCCUCAGUAACACUCCUCCGCUUCCUUUUAGCGGUCUUGAAACUUACAGGC